CAAAGCAGACGUGGCACACAAGGCGUUUUGAAACACAAUAAAGGCUGAAGCAGCGAACUGCGACCAUUAUCAGUAGGAAAAGGAGAACGGAGAACCGGCGUUUAACAGAAACAUUUCUUAAGGCUUUGUGUUCGUUGGCAAUAUUGGUGCCUUCAAUAAAUAAUGGCAUCAUCUGCAAAUAACAGUUCUGUAGGUAAAUGGGAGGUAGUUAGAAAAGGCAAGAAACAGAGCGGCGUUGCAAAGAGUCAACCCGAUAAAAAGUCCGGUGGCGGUGGGAGGAAAGCCCUGAGUGAGUCCAAUUUACUGAGAGUCGACGCAUAUCCGGCUGUGAAAAUGUCCGAGACUAUAUUUGAGGGUUUUGAGAAGAUUGGAAAGAAGCUGAAUAAAGAGCAGGUUCCUCCGCCAGCUGAGGUCCAACAGAAGAAACCCAAUGCAGGGAAGCAGAACAAGAAGUCUCCCUCUAACAGCAGCUCAAAACAGACCCACUACAAAUCCCUGGAGGAAGCCAUCAAAGCUCUGGAUGUAAUGGAUUUGAAGCAACAGCUUGAGAAAAGUCAGGCUUUGUUCCCUGAGAAUCCAUGCGUGUGGGUGAAGGAUCUGGCUGGAUACCUCAACAGCAAACUGAUUGCUCCAGACACAGAUCCCACACUCAGCAGCUAUGCUCACGAUUACCCAUAUUGUCUUGCGGGCAAGGAGCUGCGCAGCAUCGUUAAGAAUAUACUUGGAAAAAGCACAGACGCUCUGAAAGACUUCUUCGACCACUGCAUAUUCACCAUGCUCCGGGAGUUAGACAAGCAAGCAGGUGAACCACUGCAUGGCUACAGGAUGUGCAUUCAGGCAGUCAUGAUGAACAAACCCAAAGUAGCGACACUGAAUUUGUCUGAACACCUGGAGCUGCUACGCUCCCACCAGAAUCGUCCAGCCAAGUGCUUAAGCAUCAUGUGGGCUCUUGGCCAGGCUGGCUUCUACGACCUUUCCCAAGGUGUAAGAGUUUGGCUGGGAAUCAUGCUGCCUGUUCUUGGCGUGAAAACUCUGUCGGCCUAUGCCAUUGCAUACCUAGAGAGACUGCUCUCGUUCCAUGCUAACUUGACAAAAGGAUUUGGAGUAAUGGGACCUAAAGAAUUCUUCCCUCUCCUGGAUUUUGCUUAUAUGCCUAAAAAUGCUCUGUCAACGAGUCUGCAGGAGCAGUUGAGGAGGCUUUACCCUCGACUUAAAGUCCUAGCAUUUGGAGGGAAGCCAGAAUCCACCCUCCACACCUAUUUCCCUUCCUUUCUGUCUAGAGCCACACCUAACUGUCCUGAUGCCAUGAAGAAAGAGUUGCUGAACAGUCUGACUGAGUGCCUGUCUGUAGAUGCCCAGAGUUUGGGGGUGUGGAGACAGCUUUACACUAAACACCUCACCCAGUCCAGUCUCUUGUUAAAUCAUCUGCUGAAUUCAUGGACCAAAUUAUCACCAAAGUUGCGGAACAACCUUCAGGAGACGAUUCAGUCAUUCAGAGUGACCAAUGAAGAGAUCAGGGCCACAGCUAACUCGGAGGACAUACAGGACUGCAAUGCUGUCUGCAGUUCUCUGCAGAUGAAGAUCCGCUGUCAGGGUUUCCCAUGGUCGCGGCUGCUGAUGGCGAUGUUGGUGUUUGCCGCUGGUUUUAUUGCUCACGAUCUGAGGUCACAUAGAACAUUUGCUGGGUCCACCACAGCGCUGUACCUGGAGAGAACUGGAGUCACUGCUGUGUCCCAGCAGGCCUGGAGAAAAGUGUCCUACUACAGCCAGCAAGGCAUCAGCUGGUUAGCUGAGAUCACACCUUAUUACUACUCUCUGGCUGUGGAGGCUUUGGGUCCGCUACUAGAUACAGCUCUUGAGAAGCUUAAGGUGGCUGCAGUUUUUGUUGCACAGAAGAGUUCAGAGUUUAUACUGCUGGUGCAAGAGAACACACCUCUACUCAUAGAAUGGAUUAAUGCCAACACUCCAGAGAGUGUAUUCCAGUUUUUGGAGUUUGUGAAGGAGCUAAUGCUGUUUGUGCAUCAGAGCUUCAUCCUCCCCACCCUUCAGUACUUCAUUACAGUGAUGCAGCAUGGCUGGCAGUCACUGCAAGACUCUUGCAACGGUGAAGUAUCACUCCACUGUAUGCAGAACCAUUUGAUGGCAUUCACCAAUAGCACAUGGAUCUACCUACAAGACACCACGACAGCCCUCAGGAGCUGGGCUCAAGAACUGCUUUCCAGAGCAUGAUGUCCUCCCCAUACACACCCAUGCACACUUUCACAUAAUAUUGGUCAGAGACUCCCUUCAGUUGUGUUUGCCCUCUCCUACUGGGCUGCCACAUGUGCUUUACUAACGGUUUUCUAAUAUGGAGGACUCUGCAGGAGAUGGAAGAUGAGCCUCAAAGUUCUUUUUUUACCCCACCACCUCCUUUGGGGCUUUUCACUUUAUAAACAAUUAAACAUCCCCACCCCAGUUGUUGGUGGGAGCUCCUCUGCAGUACUCAACUUUUCCCCUGGUAAUUAGAAAUUAUAUAUUUAUUUUACAGUGUGUUGCCAAAGUAAGUUCAACAAAAGAUUACAACAGGCUCUUCCCAGAGAUAAAAUAAAAAGACACCACACAUUACUUUUGAAUAAUUGUAAAUAAAAGUAAAAUGCCCUCUCAUAGGUUUUGCUUGCAGAAAUUCUGAAUAGCUAAUGGAUUUUUGUAAAGAUGUUACAUAAUAUUAAGCAGUGAUGAGUAGAAAUGCUCUCAAAUUCAUAAUUUUACACAGAGCGAAAUUGCUUAUAAAAUAUGCACUUCAACACGGAUGCCUUAAUAAAGUAUGUUGAUUUAUUUUCCACAACGUGAAACAAAUUUGGAAGAGUAGACAUUGCAUGUUGAGCAACAGCGUAUUGAAUUAUCUCCGACAUUCUGAUCUAAAUUGUUUUAGACAGGUUUUCAUAUAACAAGUCAUAAUGACUUCAAGUGGCUGCUCUUUGUAUUUACCUGUGUUAGUCCAUGAAUCUUGUGUAUUGGUGUCAUUUUAAAUUUCAGCCACUUCUUACAUUUGUAAUACAGCAGCAGUGAUGAGAACAUUACGUUUUUGUAAGGAAUGAGAGAAAGCGGACAGCUUUUCCCAGUUCCAUUUGCGUAACUUGGUCCACUUACACUGCAAUCUUCCCUGGUUGUUCUGCAUGAGUCAUGUCACCUAGUGAUCCGUAAUUCUGCCACUAGAUCCAGGUGAGUUCAAACGGGGAGGCGGGGUUGCUAGCGCUCGCUUGAUGGGCGCAUGCAGCUAGCUGAUUAGCAGGCUGUGUGCCGGAGUUGUGUGCGUGUGUGUAUCAUUGUCAGGUGUAUAUUAAAGGCUCCAUCAGUUUUGUACAUUUUGUAAAAUGGAGGCAGGAUUCAGAGCUGAAGCACCCAUUUCUUUAAUUUCAUCCAAAACAAACCAAACACAACCCAGUGGUGCACUGGCCACUUUUCAGUGGCUUCAGGUCAGUCUCUUGCUACUGCUUGUCCCUCUCUCACUCUGUGCCCUCUCAGCUCUUUAAAGGCGCUCACUCUGCCAGCCAGAUCAGCAUCAGCAUUGGUGAGCACCGAAGCCGAGAGGGAACGAGAGUUCGCCGCUCCGCCUCCCCGUUACGGCCGCCUGGCCUUGCUGUGUAACGGGUCGGUCCCAGCGGCAGUUUGGACUCGCGCCUUGCAGGCACCGUCGUCGUCUGGCUUUGCGCUCCGCCCCCUCCACACUCGCGGCCCCGCCUUCCUGCCGGCUCUCGUGGCCGUCAUUGUCGGGGGGGUGGGCGCUCUGCCAUCGAUUUCAUUACAGUGGUGGUGAUAGGAACCAGGGGUCGUGAUGUCUACGAUGCAGAUAGACAUUUUAUUUCCUAUCUCGAACAACAGUGUUGAUGAUAGUUAAUAGUGAUAACCCCCCCCAAAUUCUGUGCGUACUAUUUCGGCCUUACAGUUGCCUGCAUCACCCUCUGCCAUGGAGGUAUUUUAAAACAUAUCAAUUUUAGGCCAAACCUUUUUCACAAAAAUAUGAUGUCUCAGGGAGUGUUUUCAUAACCAUGUCAUGUCAUAGCUUUCUGAGUGGCUUUUACGGACAAUAAAAAAAGACAAUGGUUCCUGUCACCACAGCUGUGAAUGAUCGACUCAAUUCGUUCCUCUACAAUGGUGCAUUUUGCAUCAGGCCACUCUGAAUUUACAUCUUAAUUACAUCUGAAUGAUUUAAUUGUCCAAAACAUUUUGGGGGGAAAAAAGAAUUUCUUGCUUUUUCAGAAAAAAAAAUCUGCAUUUAGGCUGAUGCUUGAUGGUGAUUAAACCUUUGGAUCAUGAAACUUGGGCAUGUCAUCUGUUAAUUCUGCCCUUGGAACUUCUAACUGAUCCGUGCAUCAUGCUGAUCUCUGAGGGUAGGUUUGGUUGGUAAAACGUGGACACAGGCUACUACUAGGACUCAUAAAUCAUGGACCCCUAGGCUACUACUAGCAAGACUCAUCAGUUUAGUUUUGUGUUGUAUAUAAUGCUCAUGAUGAGGGGCACAAGACUAAAGGUGAUUACUGCUGCUACUGUCUGAAAGUGUUCUACUUGGAAUGUCUUUUAAUGUGAAGUAGAGAAGUAUGUUUAAUUAUGGUCCUCAUGUUUUACCUCUCACUCACUCUACUUGCUGUAUGUUCAAGUAGAUCAGGUGGAUAGAUGAAUGAACCCAGUUUCAAGACAAUUGAACACAGAGCGUUUUCUGUAAAUCUUUUCCAGAACAGAACUCUCCAUCCUGUGGACUUUAUUAAAUGUGUGAAACAACAUUUGUAAGUUGUACGAUAUUGUUCAAGUAGGAUUUUUGGUGUCAAAAUUCCAUCCAUAUUCAAGAGGUCAGGUUUUAUUUGAUCCUUCUGCUGGUACCCAAUAAGUUUUAAGCCAGUAGGCCACUGCCAGUUGAUUCUUUUAAUAGGAACCAUUUGGCAGUAUUUAAAGCAGGCCAAGGUGGUUCAGGCCACAUUCAUUGUUAGACCAUAGUCCUGUGUCCUUAUGACAGUAUGGUCAGCACUAAAGAGUGAGUCAUGAAAGCAGAGAAGAAAAAUAUGAUAAAUGUCAUGAGCUAAUAUUUGUACAAAAGGUUAAUAAAUAAAAUCUUUUUGUGCCAUGUGCAUGAGCGCUGUCGAGUCCCUACCAUUUGGUAUGUUCUGUAUGCUAUGAUCUGAAACUGAUUUUCGAAAACACUGGUUGUUGGUUAUUUGUCACUUCACGGAUGUUUAGUUGUACCAUAUAGUUGGAGAUCUGCUAUGAAGCACUGAUAACAAACGCCUCAGUUUGUCUGAGAAUUUCACUUUUGUGGUUUAGUGUGAUCUUUCAACAAGGCCACAUAAUGGAAAUAAACACAUUUGUCAACAGUGACAUUUUAUCAAA